AUGCAACCAUAUUAUCCACUGCCACUCGAAUUGUUUCCACGUCCGCUACGAAACAUGUCACCGGCAGAGAAGAGAGGUAUAUUCGAAUUAUGCUUGGAGCAUUAUGGGCAUUGUGUUUUAACAGCAUCCGACAUAAAAAAAAUUGAUAUAUUAUUGAAUCAUCGCUCUCUUUUUUUUCGUUGGAUCAAUGAUGAUCACGCAAUCAACGUGGUGAAAAUGCUCCAAAAUGGAACAGGUCAUACAGAAGUUAGCGGCUGUAAUUUUGGAUUUAGUUCAGGAAGUGGUAUUCAUAUAGAGGUUGGUGAAAACUCUAUUGACAUCUCAAAUGUUGCAUUUUUCAUGGCGUGUUGCGUAGUUUUCGGUGUUACUAUGCGGAAAGCAAUCAUUCCAGAUGCAUCACCUAUUAAAAUCAUAGUGGAACCAGUCCAUCUGGAGUGCUGUAUGAUGUAG